CGUCAUCAGUCGGUGCGUCUCUUGAAUGAAUGACAUCAUGCGGGCUCGCGCAGGUCUCCAUCGGCGACAUGUCACCUCUGGACAGUGACGGCGCGUGAGAGACGAGUCUUCCCGGGGAAAUUGGAGGCGGAUGAGUAGUUGUUGGAAGCGAAGGUGGUGAAGCGUCAUGCAGCAGAAGCUGUGCUCUCGGGGUUCUGGAGCCUUUUUCUUGGAGAGGAACAGCCCGUGGUGUGGGGUCAUCACGGAGCCCACCGCCUGCUCAGACCUUCCAUUUCGUUGCCCUCGCUGUGGAGAACACCAGCGCUUCCACAGCCUGGCCUCUCUGCGCUCUCACCUGGAGUACAAGCACUCGUACCACUCGUCCGAUGGCUUCAGCAUCACUGGAAAACUCCCAGACCAGCUGACCACAGCCAUACCAUGGCAAGACAUGAGCCUCCCGACUCGCAGGGGGCAGCACGCCGCCUGGCGUCCACCUCACGUGCGCUCACUCAGUGACAGCAGGGACAGCAGCUUCCUCCAUUCAUACGGCUCUGUGAGGAGACGCACGCAGAGUGUAGGGGUGGGGACGCAUGAAGACGAGGAGGAGGUGGGGGUGGUUGGUACAGAGGAGGAGGAAGGUGAAGAGGAAGACCAAGAGGAAGAAGAUGGAUGCAGAAAUGAGGACAACAAAUCCUCCAGUAAAAAGUCUGGCAUUUGUCAGCACCACCACCUGAACCGGCUCCACUUUCCUGUUCUGGCUCCUCUUGGACCUCCUCCAGACCUGGACCCCAGCGUGGACGUGCUCGAGCAGCGCUCCUACUGCGGCCUGGAGGCGGCGGCGGCCUCGGCUGCGGUCAGGCGGCGCCUGGCCGGUGUCCUGCGUGCGGCGGACAGCACCAUGCAGCGGCGGCUGGCUCGGGUCAGCACGGCGCUGGCGCAGACGGACACGGAGCUGCUGUGCCAGCGCGCCCACUCGCAGCACUUGGCGCAGGAGAGACAGCAAGUGGCGGACAGGGAGCGCUCUCUGAGUCAUCAGGUGGACGUCGCCGUCAUGGUGAUCGCAGCCCUGAGGGAGCAGCUCAACGCCUCGGAGAACGAGCUGGAGAGGCGGGAGAGGGAGGUUCUGACCAUCCAGAAAUUCCUGGAAGCUGCAGUGAGACAGGAAACCUGUGGGAAAGUUCGGAUUCAGUGUUUCAUUGAGAACCUGCUGCAACGCAUUGCUCUCGCUGAGAGGCUGGUGGAGUAUUACCAAGUCAACGGCAGCCCGCCGCAGUGCGUGCACUACAAGCAGCACCAGCCAGCGAGCAACGGACCCCAGAGGAUGAUGAAGAGCAGGUCCGCUGGAGGUCACCUGUCCUCGCCUGGUCUCCAUGACGACAGAAGCCACUCAUCACCCCAGUCUGGGGCGGCGCCCUUGCUCCCGAGGCCGUGCUGCGAGCGGGAGCAGAGGGAUCCACUGGCCCGCUCGUCCCGCCUCUUUUGCAGGCCCGAACAUCGAGACGACAUCUGGAACCAGCAGCGGCGCCGCUCGGCAGGGUACGAGGCCUAGACCCGUGAUGAUGUCAUCAUCCUCUCAAACCAUCAAAUCGGCACAUUAGACUUCUGAUCUUCAGAUGUUUUUGUGGUUGUGAGCAGAGUUCAGUGGAGCAAAGCCGAAGCGUUGGGCUGUCGUGCGGCAUCCGGGAGGGAGAUGUAAGAGGGCAGGUCCUCCACCCGCAGGGAAUGGUGGAGUGGACAAGCUUCGUCCGAGGUCCUCCCCUCGUUGUCAGUGUCCAUGCUCUUGUCAAUAAGAAUCACGCUCCUCGGUGUAGUUUGAGUUGCUGGCCCAGACGCCCAGCCCACCGAACCUCAAUGUUGUGGUCAUUCAGACGCCUGUGCGUCCUUAGCUUCAGCUCAGUCUGUGACCAGGAUCUAGCUUUGCCUGUCAGGCUGCAGCGAGGCCUGACACCUGGUGCUCUGUCUUCCCGCGGGUCCACGGAGGUCAGGGCAGCCUGUCAGCCUCAGGCAGCGCCUCACCAUGUCACAGCGUCUUUCAAAGACUGGAUCAGGACCAUGGGGAGCGCCACUCAUUUCACAUGCCGUCAAAUGAAGCGCGCCACUCUGUGAUGAAGCUGAUGUGAGACGCUGCCAUGAGGCUGACUGCAGCGGAGCUUCGGCAGAACCUGAGGCGCCAACACGUCAGGUCUGCACCCUGCCAGUCACGACGUCGCGGCUGAACCACGUCACCACAGUUCAUCUGCAGUAGAGGUCGCCGCGUGUUCCGCUGACCAGAAUGUACAAAUACUCGCCGUUGUUGUUGCUGUCUGUGACGGUGUUGGCUGAUAUUUUCUACGCAACUGUGUGUCGGGUAGUGGAGACGUAACCAUCCCUGACAACUCUGCUCCACACUGGUGAUUCCUCCGGCCUUCUUCCCACUUCAGGUGGCCCUCUGUUGCGGAGUGUGGGGCGUGUAGAUGUUCAGGACAUGAGGUGGGCUGUGCGAGAGCUGUAGUUGUCUCCAGCAGCUGGGGUUCCACCACAGAGGUCAGUUUGAUGGCUUGUUUGCUGCUGAUCAGGUCCCAUCCAAACAGAACGCUGGGGAGAAACGACACGAAGGUGGUGGAGAUACAUGAAUGCAGCGUGGAAGCCGAGAGCACAUUUGGGAAAAUCAUUCUGUAAAGUAGACAUCCUAACCAAGAACACGUGUCUGUUAUGAAAAGGACCGUUCGUCGGAGCGUUUUCCAAACCCUUCCGAAUGCUGACGUCUGUUGAGAAGUGGAUCUCCAGGUGUGUUGCUCUGGUCCCGGUGUUGGGACAGCCAGCGGUGGAACUCGUGCGUCUUCACUCUUGUUGUUCCAGGUCCAACCCGGCUGCCGUGAGCCUGUGCUCUGGACUCAUCGUUCUGUUUGUGCCUUUAGACAGAAGCUCCUUGUCAGUAAACUUGUAUCUGAAACUGUGAACUGGAGUUAUUUGUCUGUGUGUGUGUGUGUGUCAAAAAUAAAGGGUCAGCAUAUCCACCCUCCCCUGGGCUGUGAUGGCACCGCCUCUCUCUGCUCUGCUGUGUAACCCUGGAACCCAGGCUUCCACUAAAGCCAACCCAGCAAGCGCAGGCCGGUCAACCAAUGCGGUGUCAGCGCCCAGCGGACCGUCACCUGAGGGCAGCCGUCAGACCCCUGCCCUGGUGAGAAGCCGGCACCCACUGUGGCCCUCGGAGGAGCGGCCUGGCCCCUGC